GGACAGGAUCCUUUCUGAAGGUUUGACGUAAGGUUUUGUCUUGCUACAUGUGAAAUGCACGUUGCGGAACGCAUAAGCCCAUGUAUUCAGGAGUGCGUAGACAAGCUUUCUGUUGCAGUGAACGGUUUUUUGUCUUAAGGGCCCGAACACCACUUAAAUUUGUAACCAGUCUGGCCCUCUUGGUCGCGACCCUAAAGGCAAUAUUUUCCAACAGUUUGGACGCCACCUCAGUGACCUAGCCAGGCCUACACGUUCACAAACACUCCAAAGGAAAGUUAUCUUCUGUUCCGACCAAGAUGAGAAUCGUCUCAGCGCUGGUGAAUGUGCCAUGGUUGGCGGAAAGACUGUCCAGUCCGGCCCUGUCGCCCCUCCCCCUCCGGGUACUGGACUGUUCUUACUACCUGCCGAUACACAAGCGCGACCAGCGGGCGGAGUACAGACAGAAACACAUCCCAGGAGCACUCUUCUUUGACAUACAGGAAUGUUCCGACAAGUCCAGCCCGUACAGAAACAUGCUGCCCCCGACACAGCAGUUCGAGUCGUACGUGGGAGACCUAGGUGUGGAUAACGGCACGCACGUGGUGGUGUAUGACGGCAUGGACAGGGGGCUGUUCUCCGCCGCGAGGGUCUGGUGGAUGUUCCGGGUCUUCGGACAUCCCCUGGUCUCUGUUCUAAACGGAGGACUGGUCAAGUGGUGCGAGCUGGGCCACCCAGUCACUGACGAGAUCCCACAGGUUGAAAAAGCCAACUUCAGUGCCACGUACAACCCGUCUUUGGUCCGAGACUUUGGCUUCAUGGAGAAGAACUUCACACAGAAGUCUGUUCAGAUGGUAGAUUCUCGGUCAGCUAAUGUUUUUAACGGAGAGGCAGACCCUGCAUCAAAGCCAGAUGUAGGCCACAUGCCAGGUGCCGUCAACGUUCCUCUAGGAAGAGUCGUAGACUACGAGACUAAGAUUAUAAAAUCCCCCGAGAAGUUACAGGAGAUGUUCUCGGCAUCAGGUGUGGACCUGGCCCGCCCGAUGGUGGCGACGUGCGGCUCGGGCGUCACGGCCUGCGGGCUCGCCCUGGCCGCGCAUCUCUGCGGGAAGGAGGACGUCCCCGUGUACGACGGCUCCUGGAGCGAGUGGUCCAAGCGGGCUCCGCCGGAAAACAUCAUCUGUGGGACGCACGAAAAACAGGGAUAGUCGUCAUGGCUGUUUUACAUAUUCGAUUCUUUGUCAGAACAGGGCUAUGCUGGAAGCUCUUGCCACUCAAAUAAUAACUUAUACCGAGUAGUUUCAGUGGCUUCGCUAACCAGUCUUCUGUGCAGUACUGACUGUGGAUGAAGCUCAAAAAACCUCAUAUUUUUUCCGUGUUCUAUUGAAUAAGAAGAAAUAAAAAACCU